GGGAGCACCACCAGGAACUGCUGGUUGCCAAGGAAUGCUUCAGGGCCAACGGCAUCACCGGCCGGCGCCUCAUCCACGUGAACUGCUCCAGCCUGCCCGCCAUGGGCGUCACGGACUUCGGCCACAUGCAGGAAAUUUCACGACACGUGCGAGAGUUGCUGGGGAUUGAGGAGCCUCUCUUCAGCAGAUCCAUUGCCCUCCCGUACAGAGACAGUAUGGGUCUCUUCCUAGAGAGAAAGGCACCAACAGGAGAGAAAGCAGAUGCCCUCACUUUUUCACAGUUUAUCCAAAAAGCAGGACUGGAGCCCUAUACUACUGUUCCUUCUUUUCAAGGAUCCCAGACCAUGGUGGGAGUGGUUACUCUCCCUGCAUCACAGGACAUGCAGAGACAGAAUUAGAGACUCAUGCUGCACUUUUGCCUUCAUAAGAAGCUCAACAGCCACAGACUGUACCCUUAUUACCUUGCAGAUUGUUCAAGGAUGUACUAUUCCACCUUUUCACAAUUACAGAAAAUUGUGCACUGCACUGCCACUGCAACUCUUAGACAUUUUAUUACAUCAAACCCAUUCUCACAUUGUCUCUUUUCUGCAAUUCUUCAUUUGCUUACAGAAACUAAGUGAAGUGGAGGUUGUAGAUCACACUCUACCAUUGUCUGUCUUUCACUUCUGUGUCACAGUUGAUUAAAAAAGACCUAAAAACAAUCAUUGACAUAUUUUAGGCACAAGUGAUUGAUAAGAACUUCCCAGAUGCUCAAGUGAAUAGAUUUCUCCUAGGCUUCAGUAUCUACAGACUGGGCUUGCUCUAAUACCAGAUGUAAAAUAAAUUGCAUAUACAAUAACUGGUAUACAGGUGUGGCAACAGCUGCUGUCAGCAAUCAUAAU